CAUCGUCCUCCGCAUCCACCAUCCCUCCAUAAGCUUGAACUUGUUUGAUUUUCAUUGUUUGACGCUUUUUCUUCCCGCAGUUUUUUUCCAUAAAUCAGCUCAAUAUGGCUUCAGGGCCCCUGCCUCCUCCGCCUCCGCCGCAUUGGGCCGUGUCCAUGAACACCCCAAUGCCACGCGCGACCAAGGCGGCCAACAGCAUCCCCAACCCUCCUGGCUUCUCGAGCAGAAAAGAGACAAACCGGAGUCGCGCACAACAACAAUCCCAAACAACCGCUCCCCAGCCGCCCGUCGAGACGGAUACUCUCAAGUUGAAAAAGGCUUGGGAGAUAGCCCUCGCGCCCUCCAAACAGCUCCCUAUGAAUGGUAUCAUGAUGUAUAUGUCCGGCAAUAGUCUCCAGAUCUUCAGUAUCAUGAUGGUCUUUAUGCUCUUCAAGGGACCCAUCCAAGGCUUGAUCAACACAAACUCGGUCUUCGCCAAAUUCGAAACCGACGGAACGAAAGCCAAGCUUCUGGGGGUUAAGGCUCUCUACGUGGUUAUGCAGUUACUCUUGUUGGCUCUGGGGGUAUGGAAGGUCAACGCGAUGGGAUUGUUGCCGACUACGAGGUCGGAUUGGUUGGCUUGGGAGUCAGAAAGGCAGCCUAUGGAGCGAGUGUAUUUUGCUCUUGGGUGACCGCAUAUGUGACUUCGUGGGACAUAUUCUAUAAAUCGACAUAAAGCGAAGAUAAAUUCAUUCCUAAUUAUUAAUA